AUGGGGGACGGCAGCACCGCGAACCGGGCGCCGCGUCUCUUUGACGGCCCAACUGGUGAUGUAAACACGGCCUUUACGCAUAAAGUGCGGCAGCUGCUGCUGUCAUCAUCAUCCUGCGGGACUUCGAGUCUCCCGGCGGCAGUGCGGGCCUCUCCGCUCUACGCCGCCAUUCUUUGCUUUGCGGAGGCGGGGAAUGAGAGCCGGCAGCAGCAGCAGCAGCAGCAGCGGUCUGGGAGUGAAGCGGGGAAGCCGUCUGUGGCAUUUGCGCCUGUUAUGCCUUCAUCCCUCGCCCGCCGUGGUGUUGUGCCACGGGAUCCACUUUUGCAACGAAGGAUGCGCAGGCAGCAGCAGCAGCAGCAGCAGCCAUCUUCAUCAUUAUUGCUCUCCGGAACGAGUAAGGCGACACCCACCAGCAAGACGGCGGUGGAUGGACACGAGCCGCAGGUACAACAACGGCAGUUGUCCCAUUGGAGUAGACGUCCGCUGCAAGAAAUGACAUCUGCGGGGUGGGAAGUGUUUCGUGAGCAGAUGGGGAUACUCAUGGAGAUUGUGUCGCGCCGUGCAGUCGGGCAACCGGAAAAACAGCAACAGCCACGACCACCGAGGUACGCUGCGGAUGCACUUCGUCCGAUACGUUGCUGGGAAGAGGCACGUCUUCCUCUUGCGCUCGGAACGAUUGUGUCUCGUCGCUACGCGUUACCAACGCCGAUUCAGGCGCAAUGUGUCCCGCUUGUCAUGGCGACGGCGGCGACGCCAAGUGACAAGAUUGACGUGCUUGGUGUUGCGGAAACUGGAAGCGGCAAGACGGCAGCGUACUUGAUCCCAUUGUUUGCAGAUAUCCUGCGCCGCACUCCACGACUACUUGGUAAUGAGGCUCUCAUUUCGCACGGCCCACUUGCACUUGUGAUGGUGCCUACACGUGAGCUCGCCGAACAAGUGACACGGGAAGCAAUUGAAAUUAUACACGGAAUUCCCGAAAUGGAACUGCGGUGUCUCAUACAGGAGGAGUACAAGAAUGACCCCGGCAAUGAUAACGUGGCUGCGCAGCACAAUACGCUUGACGAAAUUCGUGUCGUGAAGGUUGUGGGUGGUGAGCAAAUGGAGGUGCAGUAUGAUGAGUUGUCCAAGGGUGCUCAUGUUGUGGUUGGCACACUUGGACAACUGGACGCAUUGUUGCAGCAGCGGUUCCUCGCUCUGGGUAAUACGCGUCUUGUAGUCAUGGAUGAAGCAGACCGUAUGAUUGAGGAGCAUCAGAGAGAGACCCUUGUUUCCGUGCUAGAGCGCUGUCCGAUGCCCCGGCAGACGGUCAUGUUCACCGCCACAUUGAGUGAAGCGUGUGAGGAGGUGGCGCUGAAAUAUUUUUCACCGGAUGGCUUUAUCGUGGUGCGUGUGCCACACCGCUGCUCAACCAUUACGCAGGUGUUUGAGAUGGUGCCAAGCGACGCGGGUGCGAUGGCUCCUGCGCCUGCCACCGUCGCAGCUCGCAGUGAUGUGGGCAACCACGAUACCUCGCAACAACGUUCAAAUCAGCCGCAAGUGGAGCGCCGCCGUCACCCGCUGUUGCAUCCCAUGAAGUUUGCCCGGAUUGUAACGUACUUGGCGUACGCAACCGCCCCCGUCGUGGUGUUUGCGAACGAAAAACGCACAUGUGACGUACUGUACGAUGAGUUGCGUGCUGAGGCAAAUCACCUUGCCGCACUGGAGGAGAGCUUUUCGCUGGAGGCUCUCGUUGGAGAAUCCCCGCCCGUCCUGCAGGGAAGCUUGCAUGACAACAAUAAACACCGACGGAGGCCCGUGCUAAAUCUUGGCAACAUGCGUUCUAUUGCGUUGGUUCACUCGGAGCAGUCGCAGGCUGAACGGCGACGACUUGUAGAACUCUUUCGCCGUGGUGAGCGCCGUGUGCUCAUUACCACCGAUCUCCUUUCACGUGGCCUUGAUGUGCCGAAUGUGACACUCGUAAUCAACUACGAUAUGCCUCGCGUGGGCACGGUCGGGCCUUCCAUGGCUGCUGCCUCAGCCAGCGCGGGGGAGGAGGCGGUGCAAAAGUAUAUUCAUCGCAUUGGCCGAACCGGCCGCGCGGGGGCGAGCGGUGUGGCGGUCUCACUGUUGUGCCUGCCGUCCUCGCUGAUUCAACGUGCCGAGCAACACACCCUGCGCAGUGCAGACGACAGGAGUCAUGGCGGGAACGCGACGGAGAAGCCUCCGAUGCAGCGGAUUGACAUGGCAGGCGUCUCUACAAAGACAAGGGUGCAGGAACGCGAUCGGCAAGAAUUGACUGGCGCGAAGAAUGGCAAAGAAUUGGAUGAAAAUCUGCUCAAAUUCAACGAUACGGAUGAUGCGAUGGACAACAACGAGGAGGAUGAGGAUGAAGAGGGAGAUGCGCCGCCGCGAUCACGUCGGCGGAUGGAGCGGCAACAGCAACGAGGAGGAGGAGGUGGUGGUGGUGGUGGUGGUCCUCCGCCAUCAUUCCCGCAUGACGAACCGUUGCUGCAGCCGCUUUGGACGUUUAUUGUGAGUUGCGCGGAGGCGAAUGGCGGCGGUGUGCGUGGCACUGAGCUCAUUCGCCAACAGCGAUGUCGUCUUGUGCAGAUGUCACCUGCCCUUGCGGCCCUCAUGAUGGCCUUCACGCGGAGUUCACCGUACGGUGCCAUCAUGACGUAG